CUGGGCAUCCCGGCUUCCUGAGUAACCUCUGCGGCGGACCCACCGGCGCUCCGAGCCUCUCCCACGCUUCUCGCCGACUCCUCGGACCCCAGCAGCCCGGGAAGGAGGCCGCUUCAGGCCGGGAGCCCGCUCCGCAAGACGGACCUGCAACCCGGAAAGGCGGCGCGGCGGCGCCCGCAGCCAGCUCCUGCCGGGACGGGGCCCCCGCGGGCCGGUGCCGCGGGCAUGUCGGAGGCGCGCAAGGGGACGGACGAGUCGGACGAGAGCCAGUGCGACUCGGGCAUCGAGUCCCUGCGCUCCCUGCGCUCCCUGCCCGAGACCGCCCCGGCCUCCGCCUCCCGGCCCCCGGGCGGCGCAGGCCCCCAGCCCUGGACCCAUCCUCCGGGAACCGCCAAAGAGCCGCAGGACAAGGAAGACGCAGAUGGGGAGCGGGCUGACUCCACCUACGGCUCCUCGUCGCUCACCGAGCCUUUGACCUUUUGGGGGGGCCCUGAGGCCGAGAACCCACCCCCAGGCUCGCCGCUCCCCGCAGCUGGGCCGCUGAGCCCGCAGCAGCUGGAAGCGCUCACUUACAUCUCGGAGGACGGAGACACGCUGGUCCACCUGGCGGUGAUUCAUGAGGCCCCAGCUGUGCUGCUCUGUUGCCUGACUUUGCUGCCCCAGGAGGUCCUGGACAUUCAGAACAACCUUUACCAGACAGCACUGCACCUGGCUGUACAUCUGGACCAGCCAGGUACAGUCCAGGCCUUGGUGCUGAAAGGGGCCAGCCGCAUGCUACAGGACCGACAUGGUGACACAGCCCUGCAUGUGGCCUGCCAGCGCCAGCACCUAACCUGUGCCCGUUGCCUGCUGGAAGGACAGCCAGAGUCAGGCAGAGGACCACCUCACUCCCUGGACCUCCAGCUGCAAAAUUGGCAAGGUCUGGCCUGUCUCCACAUCGCCACUCUGCAGAGGAACCAGCCACUCAUGAAACUGCUUCUUGAAAAUGGAGCGGACAUUGAUGUGCAGGAGGGCACGAGUGGGAAGACUGCGCUGCACCUGGCUGUGGAGACUCAGGAGCGGAGUCUGGUACAGUUCCUGCUCCAGGCCGGGGCCCGGGUAGAUGCCCGUAUGCUCAAUGGGUGCACACCCCUGCACCUUGCUGCAGGCCGCGGCCUCAAGAGCAUCUCGUCCACCCUGCGAGAAGCAGGUGCCGACUCUCUGCUGAGGAACGUGGAGGACGAGACGCCCCAAGACCUGGCUGAGGAUGUGACGCCCCAGGACCUGGCUGAGGAUCCCUUUGCUCUUUUGCCCUUCGAUGACCUGAAGAUCUCUGGAAAGCCACUGAUGUGCGCCGACUGAAGCCAGGGCAGGGUCUGGGGCCCUGGAGGCUUCCCCGGAAGCUAGAGCCACAGUUGCUGCAGUUUGGGCCCAGGCAGCGUGCCCUCCCGGAGUCCUGGGGACGGCUGGGCCAGCACAGUCCUGAGCUGAGAGGAGGGAUCACAAGUGAGGGCGAGCCAGUCAGGAAAGAAGAGCUUCCCAGGUGGACGGAGAUUCUCGGAAGACCCCUCCCACCCCGAAGCCCCCGGUAUCCUGGGUGAAGACUGUUGACCUCUCUGGAAGAUGGCAGGGGCUCUUGUUCCCACCCACGCCGGGUCACCCUAAAACUGCCAACCAAUAGGAAAAUGAGGACUCUCCUGAGCGAGGGGAGAAACUGAAAUACGAGCAAGCAGAGCCCUCAGAGCUCCCAUCUCACUGCUAUUGAGAACUGUUGUUUAAAGACUUGACACUCAGAAGGCCCCAGACUGAGCCUUGGGGAAGGGGAAGUUUCAAAAACAUGACACUAAAACGGCAGAGACUUUAAAAA